GCUACAUGUGGAGGCCGGGGGCGGCCGGUGCGGUGCGCGCCGCGCGGCGGGCGGUGGCAGCGGCGCGGCGGCAGAGCGGAGGUCCUGGGGGCGCCCCGCUGGCGGGGACAGCCGCCGCUGGCCGCGGCCAGACGCAAUUACAAUAUGCUUCAGAGGUGAAGAGCAAGACUGUGCUCAUGAAUUUAAGAAACGCAGGAACUCUGAAUGACACAAGCUCUUUAGAUGAGACCACUUACGAAAAACUAGCUGAAGAAACGCUGGACUCCUUAGCAGAUUUCUUUGAGGACCUGACAGAUAAGCCUUUUACCCCAGAAGAUUAUGAUGUCUCUUUAGGGAGUGGAGUUCUAACAGUUAAAUUAGGUGGAGACAUGGGAACAUAUGUAAUCAAUAAGCAAACACCAAACCGGCAGAUUUGGCUGUCCUCACCCACUAGUGGGCCAAAGCGCUAUGACUGGACUGGACGGAAUUGGGUGUAUUCUCAUGACAGAGUAUCCCUUCAUGAACUACUAGCAAAAGAAUUUUCAACAGCAUUAAAAACUAAAUUGGAUUUGUCCUGCUUAAUAUAUUCUGGGAAAGAAGAUACUUGAUGAUAUUCUACCUCAUGGAAGUUUAAAGACUUUAACCACAAGCCAAGCCCUUCCUUGGUUUCUGAAGUACCUGAGCUUAAUUCUGUUGUUGUUUUUCUUGGCAUCACUGUGUUGUGCAACAAAAAAGAAUAUAUUUUUCUCUAGCGCUCUGUCUUUGGGUUUCUGUGUCACUGCUUGAAUCUGUGUCCAUGUAGUACAGGUGGUUGAGGUUACCCUUCCUGUCACUGCACUUCUUUCUUACGCAGAAGUAAGUCAUGAAUUCUUACUGUCUGUAGUCUUGGCUGGAUCUAAGGACUGACCCACCUGGUGACUUCUAACCAGCACACAAAUGCUGAACUUCUUUUGGUGAGACAUUCACCCAAAACAAGAAAUGCCUGUGAAUUGCAUUGACAUAAGUUGUACUGUGAAUGCAUCGUAUUAAAAUUUGUGGCUAUUGUAAGUGAAUAAUGCAUCACAGUCAAAUUAAACAGGUCAGGUAGAAACUUUUCAUUUUGUGUAGUGCAUGUAAUAGCAGUUUUUCUUUUAGUAUUGCAGCACUUGCUCUUUUCUCCAAAUUCUAAAUUCUAGUUUCACAUUAGGAUUUUUUUUGAGCUAAACUUUAAAUUAUUAGAGGUCUGUGUAGCUGUAAGCGUCUUAUGGAACUGGAAGAGCUGGUAUGUGAUGUUAAAGCUAUGCAGCAGUAUCUCUGCAAACACUUCAUUCUGUCACUGUGGAUUUCUCUUUCUGUUCACUUUUGUUCUUCAAAGAGUAAAAAUACAUAAUUUAUUGAGGGUGGUUUUUUUAGUUGAGCAAAAUUAAGAUCCUCUCAUUGUAGCAAAAUGUUGCACAAAUUUUGCUCUGCUGCAUUUCUUAAGUGUGCUUAGAUUACCUUUUUUCACCAUAAUACAAGGCUCCCCUUAGUAUCAUGCUGAUGCAGAAACUUUAGCCUUCUUGCUGCUUAGAAUUGAGUAUGGUACUUAGGCUGAUGAAGCUGUCUUUUUCAGGCUGUUAAAAAAUGAGAAUGCAAUAACUUAUAUAUUCAGAAUUUUAAACCAGAAAGCUUUAGAAGAAAUUGUGAACUGCAAGAAGAACACUUAAACACUUGCAGUGUUGUAUUAUUACUGCCAGUGGCUUUUAAUUGCCUAUAAAAUAGAAGCACAAAGUUGUUGACUAAUUCUUGAGGAAACAGUUAUGCCAUGCUCUUAUAAAUUGUUUAUCAAUGUAUGAAAAGAUACUCAGUGCAAACUGUGUUUCUUCUUGGUUCCUUUGAUGCUUGUGGUUAGUUUGGCAUGAUUCUCUAGCCAGCUAGAAUUAUUACAGAUGUGAUUAAUUUUGUCUUUGAAAAACAAUAGCUACACAGUAUUGUUGCCCAGUGUUUGCAUUUAAAGUAUAACUGCUGUUACCUGCUAUUUCCCACCAUUAAACAGAGAGUAACAUUUCACUGGAAACAGAUCUUUGUUAAUUGUGCACACUUUUUGCAUGAUUUUCAAUCAAAAUAAAAAAAUACGACAAUUA